GGGGAGGGCUCUGCUGUUGAAUGGCAGGGGGGGAGCUGCAGAUUUGCAACAUCAAAGCCUUGCCGCCGGAGCCUGGGGAAGUUUACUUACGACGUUCAUUUUCCUUUGAGGAGGUGGCCGUGUAUUGCUGGAUCCGGGCCAAAGAGUUCUACGCAGGGAAGUCAUGCUGGAGACCUGUGGACGUGUGGCCUCUUUGGGGGAUGAUCCGAGGGACGAGGAGGAUGAGGAACUGCAUCGUCUGUCUCCAGAUGAAGUCAAGACUGAAGACCUGAGAGGAGAUUUCAAAAAUCAAGGAAGACGCAAGGAAGACCGGGUCCAGAAGAGGGAUGAACCCAUUUCUUGCCAGGAGGAGGAUUUCCAUGAAAUAAUUCAUGUGGUGGAGGAAACAUACAAGUGCUUGGAAUGUGGAAUGGACUUCUCAGAUCAAACCCAAUAUAAUAUCCAUUUGCGAAUGCACAGUGGAAAGAAGACCCAUCAAUGCCUGAAGUGCGGAAGGAGUUUCCUUUAUAGAGUAGAAUUAAUUAGACAUCUAACAACCCAUGCAGGAGAGAAACAUUAUAGUUGCUCAGACUAUGAUGAAAGUUUCACACAGAAAUCAGAUCUUAUUAAACACCAAAGCAUUCAUUCAGGAGAGAAGCCAUCGAUCAGUGGAAUUACAUUAUCUGAUGGAAAACAGGGAAAUCUACAUUUCCCAAGGAACAUCAUAAUGAAGGGAUGUAAAUGUUUUCGGUGUGGAAGGUACUUUAAAUACAGAUCACAGCUCCUUGUGCACCAAGCAAUACACACAGGGGAGAAACCUUUUGAAUAUUCCGACUGUGGAAAGAGAUUGAGUGACAGCAGCAAUUUCAGUUUCAGUCUUCAACAGCAUCUAAGAACCCAUACAAGUGAGAAGCCUUUUGAAUGCUCAGUAUGUGAAAAGAAAUUCAGUCAGAGAAACGAUCUUCUACAGCAUCAAACAACCCACACAGGGGAAAAACCUUUUGAAUGCUCAGAGUGUGGGAAGAGAUUCAGUUACAGACGCAGCCUUCAACAGCACCUAAGAAUCCACAGAGGUUACAAUCCUUUUGAAUGCUCAGAGUGUGGGAAGCGAUUCAGUAGGAGUGGCCAUCUUCAGCUACAUCAAAGAUCCCAUACUGGGGAGAAACCUUAUGAGUGCUCAGUGUGUGGGAAGAGAUUCAGCAACACAGGUGGCCUUCAAAAGCACUUACGAGUCCACACAGGAGAGAAACCUUUUGAAUGCUCAGAAUGCGGAAGAAGAUUUGGUCUGAGUGGCGACCUGCAACAACAUAUGAGAAUCCACACAGGGGAGAAACCUUUUGAAUGCUCAGAGUGCGGAAAGAGAUUCAGCCGGAGCAGCGAUCUGCAACAGCAUCUAAGAACCCACACAGGGGAGAAACCUUUUGAAUGCUCAGAGUGCGGGAAGAGUUUCAUUCGGAACAGUCAUCUACAACGGCAUCUAAGAACCCAUACAGGGGAGAAACCUUUUGAAUGCGUAGUGUGCGGAAAGAGAUUCAGUCAGUCAGGCAAUCUUCAACAACACCAAAGAACCCACACAGGUGAGAAACCUUUUGAAUGUUUAGUGUGUGGAAAGAUGUUUGGUGAGAAGGGGAGUCUUCAUAAGCAUGAAAAAUCCCACACAGGGGAGAGACCUUUUGAAUGCUUACUGUGUGGAAAGCGGUUCAGUCACACUGGCACUCUUCAACUGCAUCAGAGAACCCACACAGGGGAGAAACCUUAUGAAUGUUCAGAGUGUGGGAAGAGAUUCAGUCAGAGUGGCCAUUUGCAUCAGCAUCAAAGAACCCACACAGGGGAGAAAGCUUUUGAAUGCUCAGAGUGUGGGAAGAAAUACAGUCGGAGUUACGACCUUCAGCAACACCUGAGAAUCCACAACGGCGAAAAACCUUUUGAAUGUUCGUACUGUGGAAAGGGAUUCACACAGAGUUGCCAACUUCAGCGGCACGUGAGAACCCACACAGGGGAGAAGCCUUUUGAAUGCUCAGAGUGUGGGAAGAGAUUCAGUCAGAGCGGCCAUCUGCAACAGCAUCUAAGAACCCAUACAGGCGAGAAAGCUUUUGAAUGCUUGGAUUGUGGAAAGAGAUUUUGUGAGAGCAGCAGUUUUCAGAAGCAUCUAAGAACCCAUGCAGGGGAAGAAACUUCUUGAGUGCUUAGAGUGUAGAAAGAGAUUCAAUUACAGUGGCAACCUUGUAGUGCAUCAGAAAAUCCACACAGGGAAGAAACUUUCUGAAUGCUCCCAGUGUGGAAAGAAAUUCAGCCCGAGUGUCAGUCUUCAAAGGCAUCAAGUAAUCCACACGGGGGAGAAACUUUAUGAGCACUCAGAGUGUGGGAAGAGAUCCAUUCUUUCUGAAUGCUCACACUGUGGAAAGAAAUUCAGUCCGAGCAUCAGUCUUCAAAGACAUCAGAUAAUCCACAUGGGAGAAACUUUAUGAGUGCGCAGAGUUUGGAAAGGGAUUCAUUCUUUCUGAAUGCUCACAGUAUGGGAAGAAAUGCAAUCAGAGCGUCAGUCUUCCAAGGCAUCUAAUAAUCCACACAGGGGAGAAACUUUAUGAGUGUGGAAAGAGAUUCAUUCUUUCUGAAUGCUCACAGUGUGGAAAGAAAUUCAGUCCGAGUGGCAGUCUUCAAAGGCAUCACAUAAUCCACUCAGGGGAGAAACCUUAUGAGUGCUCAGAGUGUGGAAAGAGAUCCAUUCUGAAUGUCAAACUUCAAUGGCAUCUAAGAACCCAUACAAGGAGAAACCAUCUAACUGCUUAGCUUAUGAAAACCACUUUUCUCUUCUUUCACAGACCAUACAAAGCGUUGAAACCAUGUAAACUCUUGUGAAGUGCUUGUAUCUGCCCCGAAUCCCUACCCUAACAUAGAAGAAAUGAUAGAAAUAUUUGGACUGAGGACAGAACUCAAGUAAAUCUCACAAGGAAGAAAGCAAAGAUGUGUUCCGAGGUUGGAAGGAGUUUCAUGACCAGCCCAUAUCUCCUUAACCACUGAAGGAUCCACACCGAAGAGGAACCUCAUAAAUGCUCACUGUUUAGCAAGACCUUGAGGCAGAGACCCACCCAGCCUUCCUGUUUUUAGGAUAAUAAACACAAGGGCAAAAUUUUCCUAUAGUGGGGUCUGGUGAGGCCCUUCUUUAAGUGCUCAGGUGUUGGAGGCUCAGAAAUGCUCCAAAAGUAGUUAUAGGAAGAAGAGCCUUUUUGGUGGUUGCCCCCCAUUUAGUCUGUCUGCCAAGCAACUUCUGAGUUCUGCAAAACUGGCUUCAAACAUACCUUUUCCCUAAACCCUGUGAUGAAAUAGACACAUCAAGGAUAGCAGAUGUGGUCUAAACUUGAAAGGGGGGGGGGGAAUUACCUCUUUAUUUCCACUGACCUCUUACUGAAAUGCAGCAUUUCCUUCAUUUGUGAAUGUGGGCAACGCACCACAUUAGUAUUAGCAGUCACUGUAACAGUGUCACCCACAGAACUUACAGAUGUUUCAUACUGCAUUACUGUUGUUGCAGGCAUCUCAAAACAUCUGCCGUUCGAUUGCACACGGUUGCAGCCUUACGACUGCACACCCUCGUAUGACAUAGUUGGCCAGCAACCAGGAAAAUCUAUGCGUACUCGUCAUUCAGUUUUGAAACAGUUUUGAAGUUGAGUGUUCCUGCGUUGGUGAGCCAGACAUCUACAUUGAUUUCUGGUAUUCCCCGUGUCUUUUUGUUGUUGUUGAUCAACGUGUGUGAGGGGAAGUGAGUCAUUUUCCUUCUUUGUUGAAGUUCGGCAAAACUGCACAGUUCCAGUGUGGAUUCUUACCUCUCCAAAACGCUGCACAGCCUUUUGUAAUGCAGUUGGGCGUGGGGGCUACGAGGCGACGCAAAGCAAGUUCACUCAAGUUCCUUUUGUUAUUAACUGCGCUAAUUGGGCAACUCCAUGCCUACUUGUUCUGCCAUGAAACAAAACUGGGCAUGGGGGCUAUAAGGAGACACUCAGCAACUCCACUCAGGUUCCAGUUAUUAUUUAAAUGCAGUAAUUAAGAAGCCCAUAUAUUACUGUAUCAUAAUUUUUUAAAAAAUUAAUAAUCGCA